AUGGUCAAGAAUAUGGAUCACCACAGGCUUCUUUAUCAGAAGAAAUCCAGUGUUCAAAUACCUCUUAAAAUUUUACUCAGGAGUGUGGAGCUGGAGGAAAGCUACCCAGUUUCUACCCCUAAAAAAGGAUCCCAUAUUCCAGAAGCAACUCCAAAAUACUCAGAAACAAGUGCCAUUAUUGGUGAAGCUUCCACUUGGGGCCAAGGAGCAUACAAAGCUUUCAACGGCCGCAUCUUCUCCUUUGAGUCAUCGUGCACGUACACUUUCUGCCGCCACUGCGAUGACCCUGGAGAUUUCAAUAUCGAGAUCAAACGGGGCAAUGAGAGCGAGAUUGAAAAAAUAGCAGUUGUGGUUGACAGUAAUGACAUCUCUGUAUCUGGUGAUGCCAUCUUAGUCAAUGGAGAAAGUGUACAGCUACCAUAUAACAAUAAGCUGAUCCACAUUAAAAAAUAUGGAGAAUAUAAUGUCCUGAAUAGCCGUAGAGGAAUUUUGUCUUUAAUGUGGGACAAACAUAACAAGCUCUCACUCACUCUUCACAAGCAAUAUUCAACCUGUGGUCUUUGUGGUAAUUUCAACAGCACUCCAGGAGAAGAUAUCAAUGAGCACAUUGCCAGUAGCAAAAUUCCUGGUGAUUGCCCCCAAGCUCUUAGUAAAAACUAUGAAGUUUGUGAAGAUGGAAUACAGCACUGUAACAAAAUUAUUGGAACCUACUUCGAGAAAUGCGGAAAGGUUACUUCCUUGUCCAGUGACUACAAAACAAUCUGCAUUGAUGAAUACUGCCGACAAGGAGACAAAAAUUCCACAUGUGACACUUACUCGGAACUGUCCCGCCUUUGUGCCUCCGAUGGCCCUGGCACCUAUGAAUCCUGGAGAGAAGAUUCUGAUGUGGUUUGUGAAAAACCGAGAUGCCCAGAAAAACAUAUCUACAAAGAAUGUGGCCUCUCAAACCCUGCAACUUGUUCUAAUGUGGCUCCUUUUCAAGACAGUGAAUGUGUGAGUGGCUGUACCUGCCCAGAAGGUUAUCUAUUGGAUGAUAUUGGAGAGAAAGGGAGAUGUGUACUGAAGGCUGAGUGUCCCUGUGAAUCUAAUGGAACAGUCUAUCAGUCGGGAGAAGUCAGGAAAGGACCCUGUGGUUCUCAGUGCACGUGCCAGGAAGCAAAGUGGUCUUGCACUGAAGCACUGUGUCCUGGGAGAUGUAAGGUGGAAGGAAGUUCAAUUACCACCUUUGAUGGUGAAAAAUAUAACCAUCCUGGGAACUGUCACUUUUUGGCCAUCCACGAUGAAGAUUGGUCUGUUGGUGUUGAGCUCCGUCCAUGUGCAAGUGGUCAGUCAGGAACGUGCUUAAAUAGUGUUACACUCCUCUUGAAUUCGACUGGUUCCGUUGACAAAUAUAUAUUCAGUAGAAAUGGAACAGUCACAAAUGACAAAAUUGGAAAUCAAAGUGAUUACUACUCAGACAAAAUACAGAUAUUCAAGGCAUUUUCCUCAUACUUGCAAGUAGAAACAGACUUUCACGUAAAAAUGCAAAUACAGAUUCUUCCCGUGAUGCAAUUAUAUGUUUCCAUGCCGCCCAACCAAUUCACAGACACAGUGGGACUCUGUGGCUCCUACAACAACAGAGCCGAGGACGAUUUCAUGUCAAGUCAGAAUAUACUGGAAAAGACAUCACAGGCAUUUGCUGAUUCUUGGGAAAUGAUGUCCUGUCCUAAAGGAAAUCCAGCUUCGUGCAUCAGUAUAGAAACAGAAAAGUUUGCUGAAGGGAACUGUGGAAUUCUUCUUGAUUCAAGUGGGCCUUUUGCUUCCUGUCAUGCCAUUGUGAAUCCUAAACCAUAUCAGGAGGAAUGCAAAAAACACACGUGCACUUGUGAAAAUGGUCAAGAUUGCCUGUGUGCAAUUUUAGGCAACUACGCGAAAGCAUGUGCCGAGAAGGGAACAUACAUGGUGGGGUGGAGAACUGGACGAUGUGAUGACUCUUGUCCAAGUGGCCUAGUUUUCAAGUACAAUGUAAAAGCCUGCAAUACUUCUUGCCGAUCAUUGUCAGAAAGGGAUAGAAGCUGCGAUGUAGAAGAUGUUCCAGUGGAUGGAUGCGCUUGCCCUGAUGGGAUGUACCAGAAUAGUGAAGGAAACUGUGUUUCCAAAUCUCAGUGUGACUGCUACAUAAACGACAAGGUCAUGAAACCAGGCAAACUCAUCCAUAUUGAUGACAAUAAAUGUGUCUGUGAGGAUGGAAUUAUUCUUUGUCAGACUCCCAUUGAUUUACCCCCACAGAAUUGCUCUGGAGGGGCCGAAUAUGUUGGCUGCAGUGACCCUAAGGCAAAGAGAAGAGUUGAACGUACAUGUAGCACUCGGAACAUACCUAAUUUUGAUGAGAACUUGUCUUGCAAACGUGGGUGCUAUUGUCCAGAAGGAAUGGUUCGAAAUUCUAAAGGGCAAUGCGUCUUUCCUGAUGACUGCCCCUGCUCCUUUGGUGGACGAGAAUAUGACCAAGGAAGCGUCACCUUAGUAGGCUGCAAUGAAUGUACUUGCAUAAAAGGAUCUUGGAACUGUACACAAAAUGAAUGUCAAACUACCUGCCACAUCUAUGGGGAAGGUCAUGUUCAAACUUUUGAUAGAAAAAGUUAUAGCUUCGAUGGCCUCUGCCAGUAUUCAUUUGUUGAGGAUUACUGUGGUAGUGAAGAUGGCACAUUCCGUAUUUUAACUGAAAGUGUCCCAUGCUGUGAAGAUGGGCUCACAUGCUCAAGAAAAAUCAUCGUUGCCUUCCAGGAUCAGAAUGUGAUCUUGCAUGAUGGUAAAGUAACAGCAAUCAGAACUACAGAAAGUAGGGAAUGUGAACUCAAUGAAAACACAUACUCUGUGCAUACCGUCGGCCUGUACUUGAUUCUGAAAUUUGUCAUCGGAGUAACCAUGAUUUGGGACAAAAACACAAGGAUUUCUGUCAUAUUGGAUCCACAGUGGAAUGGUAAAGUGUGUGGUCUUUGUGGAAAUAGCAAUGGUGACCUCAAAGAUGAUUUCAUAACACGACACUCAUCAGUAGCUACUGGAGCACUGGAGUUUGGAAACAGUUGGAAAACUACUCAAGAAUGUUCAGACACAGUAGCUCAAACUUUCCCAUGUGACUCAAAUCCAUACUGCAAAGCCUGGGCUGUGCGGAAGUGUGAGAUCAUCCGGGACAGCACUUUCAGAGACUGCCACAGCAAGGUGGACCCCAGUGCUUACUACGAUGCGUGUAUUGAAGAAGCCUGUGCAUGUGACAUGGAGGGGAAGUACCUGGGAUUCUGCACGGCUGUGGCUAUGUAUGCGGAGGCAUGCAGCGCAGUGGGCGUCUGUGUCACCUGGAGGAGACCCGAUCUUUGUCCUGUCUACUGUGAUUAUUACAAUGCACCUGGAGAAUGCAGCUGGCACUAUGAACCUUGUGGAACAGUGACAGCAAAAACGUGCAAAGAUCGAGUUAUUGGCCAGAAAUUUUCUGCACUUUUAGAAGGCUGUUACGCCAAGUGCCCAGACAGUGCUCCUUACCUGGAUGAGAACACCAUGAAAUGCGUCAGUUUGUCUGAGUGCAGCUGCUUCUACAACGACGUCGUACCAGCGGGUGAAGUGAUCCAAGACAACUGUGGGAGAACCUGCUAUUGCAUCGCAGGAGAGUUGGUGUGCAGCAGAACUGCUUCUACAAAUUCAACAUUUACAGUUUCUACUACAACAGCUGCCUCCAUAUUAAGCAACCAAACAGCAUCUUUCAUUCCAGGGAGUGCAACAUCAAGCAGUGAAACAACAGAAACAACUCUAAGUCUACCCACUGAACCUUUGGCGACAGGUGUUAUGAGUACUCAGUUUCCUAUCACCGUCACAGCUGGAAGUGCAGGAACAACAGAAGUAGUGGGUGUCCUCUUCACUAGUCCUUGGCAUGUAUCAGGAACCACUGGAGCAUCAGCAGGUGCAACCUCAGGAGCCAAAACCAACACUACAGGCGACACAGACUUCAGAGAUGCUGGAUCAGGGGCCCCUACUGCACCAGUAAUAGAACCCGAAGAAGUUACUACACCCAGAGAAGCAAGUACAGGAGCAACAAGCCCAGGAAAAUCAGGCACUACAGGAAUAUCAGCUGAAGAAUCAGGUGCCACAACAGUACAAUCCUCUGGGGUGACUGCAACAUUGGGACCAUCAUCUGGAGGAUCAGGGACGACAGGACCAUCUAGUGGAGAAUCGGGCACAACAGGAACGUCUUCGGCAGGUUCACAACCCACUGCAUCAGCAUCCGGGAAAUCAGGGACAACCUCAGCCUCAGGGCCAGCUGCAGGAACAAGUGCUGCAGGAGCUGAAGUGACAGGAACUAGUGGUGGAGCACCAGGAGGAUCAGGGACAACUGGUUCAGCUGCUGGCUCUCCAGGGACAGCUGGGUCGACUCGUGGAGCACCUGGAACAAGUGGACCAUCGCCUGGAGGAUCAGGGACCACAGGACCAUCUAGUGGAGAAUCGGGCACAACAGGAACGUCUUCGGCAGGUUCACAACCCACUGCAUCAGCAUCCGGGAAAUCAGGGACAACCUCAGCCUCAGGGCCAGCUGCAGGAACAAGUGCUGCAGGAGCUGAAGUGACAGGAACUAGUGGUGGAGCACCAGGAGGAUCAGGGACAACUGGUUCAGCUGCUGGCUCUCCAGGGACAGCUGGGUCAACUCGUGGAGCACCUGGAACAAGUGGACCAUCGCCUGGAGGAUCAGGGACCACAGGACCAUCUAGUGGAGAAUCGGGCACAACAGGAACGUCUUCGGCAGGUUCACAACCCACUGCAUCAGCAUCCGGGAAAUCAGGGACAACCUCAGCCUCAGGGCCAGCUGCAGGAACAAGUGCUGCAGGAGCUGAAGUGACAGGAACUAGUGGUGGAGCACCAGGAGGAUCAGGGACAACUGGUUCAGCUGCUGGCUCUCCAGGGACAGCUGGGUCGACUCGAGGAGCACCUGGAACAAGUGGACCAUCGCCUGGAGGAUCAGGGACCACAGGACCAUCUAGUGGAGAAUCGGGCACAACAGGAACGUCUUCGGCAGGUUCACAACCCACUGCAUCAGCAUCCGGGGAAUCAGGGACAACCUCAGCCUCAGGGCCAGCUGCAGGAACAAGUGCUGCAGGAGCCGAAGUGACAGGAACUAGUGGUGGAGCACCAGGAGGAUCAGGGACAACUGGUUCAGCUGCUGGCUCUCCAGGGACAGCUGGGUCGACUCGAGGAGCACCUGGAACAAGUGGACCAUCGCCUGGAGGAUCAGGGACCACAGGACCAUCUAGUGGAGAAUCGGGCACAACAGGAACGUCUUCGGCAGGUUCACAACCCACUGCAUCAGCAUCCGGGAAAUCAGGGACAACCUCAGCCUCAGGGCCAGCUGCAGGAACCAGUGCUGCAGGAGCUGAAGUGACAGGAACCAGUGGUGGAGCACCAGGAGGGUCAGGGACAACUGGUUCAGCUGCUGGCUCUCCAGGGACAGCUGGGUCGACUCGAGGAGCACCUGGAACAAGUGGACCAUCGCCUGGAGGAUCAGGGACCACAGGACCAUCUAGUGGAGAAUCGGGCACAACAGGAACGUCUUCAGCAGGUUCACAACCCACUGCAUCAGCAUCCGGGAAAUCAGGGACAACCUCAGCCUCAGGGCCAGCUGCAGGAACAAGUGCUGCAGGAGCUGAAGUGACAGGAACUACUGGUGGAGCACCAGGAGGAUCAGGGACAACUGGUUCAGCUGCUGGCUCUCCAGGGACAGCUGGGUCGACUCGAGGAGCACCUGGAACAAGUGGACCAUCGCCUGGAGGAUCAGGGACCACAGGACCAUCUAGUGGAGAAUCGGGCACAACAGGAACCAUCCGUGGAAUCAGGGACAACCUCAGCCUCAGGGCCAGAGCUGCAGGAACAAGUGCAGGACGUGCAGGAGCUGAAGUGACAGGAACUAGUGGAGGAGCACCAGGAGGAUCAGGGACAACUGGUUCAGCUGCUGGCUCUCCAGGGACAGCUGGGUCGACUCGAGGAGCACCUGCAACAAGUGGACCAUCGCCUGGAGGAUCAGGGACCACAGGACCAUCUAGUGGAGAAUCGGGCACAACAGGAACGUCUUCGGCAGGUUCACAACCCACUGCAUCAGCAUCCGGGAAAUCAGGGACAACCUCAGCCUCAGGGCCAGCUGCAGGAACAAGUGCUGCAGGAGCUGAAGUGACGGGAACUAGUGGUGGAGCACCAGGAGGAUCAGGGACAACUGGUUCAGCUGCUGGCUCUCCAGGGACAGCUGGGUCGACUCGAGGAGCACCUGCAACAAGUGGACCAUCGCCUGGAGGAUCAGGGACCACAGGACCAUCUAGUGGAGAAUCGGGCACAACAGGAACGUCUUCGGCAGGUUCACAACCCACUGCAUCAGCAUCCGGGAAAUCAGGGACAACCUCAGCCUCAGGGCCAGCUGCAGGAACAAGUGCUGCAGGAGCUGAAGUGACAGGAACUACUGGUGGAGCACCAGGAGGAUCAGGGACAACUGGUUCAGCUGCUGGCUCUCCAGGGACAGCUGGGUCGACUCGAGGAGCACCUGGAACAAGUGGACCAUCGCCUGGAGGAUCAGGGACCACAGGACCAUCUAGUGGAGAAUCGGGCACAACAGGAACGUCUUCGGCAGGUUCACAACCCACUGCAUCAGCAUCCGGGAAAUCAGGGACAACCUCAGCCUCAGGGCCAGCUGCAGGAACAAGUGCUGUAGGAACAAGUGCUGCAGGAGCUGAAGUGACAGGAACUACUGGUGGAGCACCAGGAGGAUCAGGGACAACUGGUUCAGCUGCUGGCUCUCCAGGGACAGCAGGGUCGACUCCAGGAGCACCUGGAACAAGUGUACCAUUGCCUGGAGGAUCAGGGACCACAGGACCAUCAAGUGGAAAAUCGGGCACAACAGGAACGUCUUCGGCAGGUUCACAACCCACUGCAUCAGCAUCCGGGAAAUCAGGGACAACCUCAGCCUCAGGGCCAGCUGCAGGAACAAGUGCUGCAGGAGCUGAAGUGACAGGAACUAGUGGUGGAGCACCAGGAGGAUCAGGGACAACUGGUUCAGCUGCUGGCUCUCCAGGGACAGCUGGGUCGACUCGAGGAGCACCUGGAACAAGUGGACCAUCGCCUGGAGGAUCAGGGACCACAGGACCAUCUAGUGGAGAAUCGGGCACAACAGGAACGUCUUCGGCAGGUUCACAACCCACUGCAUCAGCAUCCGGGAAAUCAGGGACAACCUCAGCCUCAGGGCCAGCUGCAGGAACAAGUGCUGCAGCAGCUGAAGUGACGGGAACUAGUGGUGGAGCACCAGGAGGGUCAGGGACAACUGGUUCAGCUGCUGGCUCUCCAGGGACAGCUGGGUCGACUCGAGGAGCACCUGCAACAAGUGGACCAUCGCCUGGAGGAUCAGGGACCACAGGACCAUCUAGUGGAGAAUCGGGCACAACAGGAACGUCUUCGGCAGGUUCACAACCCACUGCAUCAGCAUCCGGGAAAUCAGGGACAACCUCAGCCUCAGGGCCAGCUGCAGGAACAAGUGCUGCAGGAGCUGAAGUGACAGGAACUAGUGGUGGAGCACCAGGAGGAUCAGGGACAACUGGUUCAGCUGCUGGCUCUCCAGGGACAGCUGGGUCGACUCGAGGAGCACCUGGAACAAGUGGACCAUCGCCUGGAGGAUCAGGGACCACAGGACCAUCUAGUGGAGAAUCGGGCACAACAGGAACGUCUUCGGCAGGUUCACAACCCACUGCAUCAGCAUCCGGGAAAUCAGGGACAACCUCAGCCUCAGGGCCAGCUGCAGGAACAAGUGCUGCAGGAGCUGAAGUGACGGGAACUAGUGGUGGAGCACCAGGAGGAUCAGGGACAACUGGUUCAGCUGCUGGCUCUCCAGGGACAGCUGGGUCGACUCGAGGAGCACCUGGAACAAGUGGACCAUCGCCUGGAGGAUCAGGGACCACAGGACCAUCUAGUGGAGAAUCGGGCACAACAGGAACGUCUUCGGCAGGUUCACAACCCACUGCAUCAGCAUCCGGGAAAUCAGGGACAACCUCAGCCUCAGGGCCAGCUGCAGGAACAAGUGCUGCAGGAGCUGAAGUGACAGGAACUACUGGAGGAGCACCAGGAGGAUCAGGGACAACUGGUUCAGCUGCUGGCUCUCCAGGGACAGCUGGGUCGACUCGAGGAGCACCUGGAACAAGUGGACCAUCGCCUGGAGGAUCAGGGACCACAGGACCAUCUAGUGGAGAAUCGGGCACAACAGGAACGUCUUCGGCAGGUUCACAACCCACUGCAUCAGCAUCCAGGGAAUCAGAGACAACCUCAGCCUCAGGGCCAGCUGCAGGAACAAGUGCUGCAGGAGCUGAAGUGACAGGAACUAGUGGUGGAGCACCAGGAGGAUCAGGGACAACUGGUUCAGCUGCUGGCUCUCCAGGGACAGCUGGGUCGACUCGAGGAGCACCUGGAACAAGUGGACCAUCGCCUGGAGGAUCAGGGACCACAGGACCAUCUAGUGGAGAAUCGGGCACAACAGGAACGUCUUCGGCAGGUUCACAACCCACUGCAUCAGCAUCCGGGAAAUCAGGGACAACCUCAGCCUCAGGGCCAGCUGCAGGAACAAGUGCUGCAGGAGCUGAAGUGACAGGAACUAGUGGUGGAGCACCAGGAGGAUCAGGGACAACUGGUUCAGCUGCUGGCUCUCCAGGGACAGCUGGGUCGACUCGAGGAGCACCUGGAACAAGUGGACCAUCGCCUGGAGGAUCAGGGACCACAGGACCAUCUAGUGGAGAAUCGGGCACAACAGGAACGUCUUCGGCAGGUUCACAACCCACUGCAUCAGCAUCCGGGAAAUCAGGGACAACCUCAGCCUCAGGGCCAGCUGCAGGAACAAGUGCUGCAGGAGCUGAAGUGACAGGAACUAGUGGUGGAGCACCAGGAGGAUCAGGGACAACUGGUUCAGCUGCUGGCUCUCCAGGGACAGCUGGGUCGACUCGAGGAGCACCUGGAACAAGUGGACCAUCGCCUGGAGGAUCAGGGACCACAGGACCAUCUAGUGGAGAAUCGGGCACAACAGGAACGUCUUCGGCAGGUUCACAACCCACUGCAUCAGCAUCCGGGAAAUCAGGGACAACCUCAGCCUCAGGGCCAGCUGCAGGAACAAGUACUGCAGGAGCCGAAGUGACAGGAACUACUGGUGGAGCACCAGGAGGAUCAGGGACAACUGGUUCAGCUGCUGGCUCUCCAGGGACAGCUGGGUCGACUCGAGGAGCACCUGCAACAAGUGGACCAUCGCCUGGAGGAUCAGGGACCACAGGACCAUCUAGUGGAGAAUCGGGCACAACAGGAACGUCUUCGGCAGGUUCACAACCCACUGCAUCAGCAUCCGGGAAAUCAGGGACAACCUCAGCCUCAGGGCCAGCUGCAGGAACAAGUGCUGCAGGAGCUGAAGUGACAGGAACUAGUGGUGGAGCACCAGGAGGAUCAGGGACAACUGGUUCAGCUGCUGGCUCUCCAGGGACAGCUGGGUCGACUCGAGGAGCACCUGGAACAAGUGGACCAUCGCCUGGAGGAUCAGGGACCACAGGACCAUCUAGUGGAGAAUCGGGCACAACAGGAACGUCUUCGGCAGGUUCACAACCCACUGCAUCAGCAUCCGGGAAAUCAGGGACAACCUCAGCCUCAGGGCCAGCUGCAGGAACAAGUGCUGCAGGAGCUGAAGUGACAGGAACUAGUGGUGGAGCACCAGGAGGAUCAGGGACAACUGGUUCAGCUGCUGGCUCUCCAGGGACAGCUGGGUCGACUCGAGGAGCACCUGGAACAAGUGGACCAUCGCCUGGAGGAUCAGGGACCACAGGACCAUCUAGUGGAGAAUCGGGCACAACAGGAACGUCUUCGGCAGGUUCACAACCCACUGCAUCAGCAUCCGGGAAAUCAGGGACAACCUCAGCCUCAGGGCCAGCUGCAGGAACAAGUGCUGCAGGAGCUGAAGUGACAGGAACUAGUGGUGGAGCACCAGGAGGGUCAGGGACAACUGGUUCAGCUGCUGGCUCUCCAGGGACAGCUGGGUCGACUCGAGGAGCACCUGGAACAAGUGGACCAUCGCCUGGAGGAUCAGGGACCACAGGACCAUCUAGUGGAGAAUCGGGCACAACAGGAACGUCUUCGGCAGGUUCACAACCCACUGCAUCAGCAUCCGGGAAAUCAGGGACAACCUCAGCCUCAGGGCCAAGGAAAGGCUGGACAGCAGGGUCGACUCGAGGAGCACCUGGAACAAGUGGACCAUCGCCUGGAGGAUCAGGGACCACAGGACCAUCUAGUGGAGAAUCGGGCACAACAGGAACGUCUUCGGCAGGUUCACAACCCACUGCAUCAGCAUCCGGGAAAUCAGGGACAACCUCAGCCUCAGGGCCAGCUGCAGGAACAAGUGCUGCAGGAGCUGAAGUGACAGGAACUAGUGGAGGAGCACCAGGAGGAUCAGGGACAACUGGUUCAGCUGCUGGCUCUCCAGGGACAGCUGGGUCGACUCGAGGAGCACCUGGAACAAGUGGACCAUCGCCUGGAGGAUCAGGGACCACAGGACCAUCUAGUAGAGAAUCGGGCACAACAGGAACGUCUUCGGCAGGUUCACAACCCACUGCAUCAGCAUCCGGGAAAUCAGGGACAACCUCAGCCUCAGGGCCAGCUGCAGGAACAAGUACUGCAGGAGCUGAAGUGACAGGAACUAGUGGUGGAGCACCAGGAGGAUCAGGGACAACUGGUUCAGCUGCUGGCUCUCCAGGGACAGCAGGGUCGACUCGAGGAGCACCUGCAACAAGUGGACCAUCGCCUGGAGGAUCAGGGACCACAGGACCAUCUAGUGGAGAAUCGGGCACAACAGGAACGUCUUCGGCAGGUUCACAACCCACUGCAUCAGCAUCCGGGGAAUCAGGGACAACCUCAGCCUCAGGGCCAGCUGCAGGAACAAGUGCUGCAGGAGCUGAAGUGACAGGAACUACUGGUGGAGCACCAGGAGGAUCAGGGACAACUGGUUCAGCUGCUGGCUCUCCAGGGACAGCUGGGUCGACUCGAGGAGCACCUGGAACAAGUGGACCAUCGCCUGGAGGAUCAGGGACCACAGGACCAUCUAGUGGAGAAUCGGGCACAACAGGAACGUCUUCGGCAGGUUCACAACCCACUGCAUCAGCAUCCGUGGAAUCAGGGACAACCUCAGCCUCAGGGCCAGCUGCAGGAACAAGUGCUGUAGGAACAAGUGCUGCAGGAGCUGAAGUGACAGAAACUACUGGAGGAGCACCAGGAGGAUCAGGGACAACUGGUUCAGCUGCUGGCUCUCCAGGGACAGCUGGGUCGACUCGAGGAGCACCUGGAACAAGUGGACCAUCGCCUGGAGGAUCAGGGACCACAGGACCAUCUAGUGGAGAAUCGGGCACAACAGGAACGUCUUCGGCAGGUUCACAACCCACUGCAUCAGCAUCCGGGGAAUCAGGGACAACCUCAGCCUCAGGGCCAGCUGCAGGAACAAGUGCUGCAGGAGCUGAAGGACAGCUGGGUCGACUCGAGGAGCACCUGGAACAAGUGGACCAUCGCCUGGAGGAUCAGGGACCACGGGACCAUCUAGUGGAGAAUCGGGCACAACAGGAACAUCUUCGGCAGGUUCACAACCCACUGCAUCAGCAUCCGGGGAAAUCAGGGACAACCUCAGCCUCAGGGCCAGCUGCAGGAACAAGUGCUGCAGGAGCUGAAGUGACAGGAACUACUGGAGGAGCACCAGGAGGAUCAGGGACAACUGGUUCAGCUGCUGGCUCUCCAGGGACAGCAGGGUCGACUCGAGGGGCACCUGCAACAAGUGGACCAUCGCCUGGAGGAUCAGGGACCACAGGACCAUCUAGUGGAGAAUCGGGCACAACAGGAACGUCUUCGGCAGGUUCACAACCCACUGCAUCAGCAUCCGGGGAAUCAGGGACAACCUCAGCCUCAGGGCCAGCUGCAGGAACAAGUGCUGCAGGAGCUGAAGUGACAGGAACUACUGGAGGAGCACCAGGAGGAUCAGGGACAACUGGUUCAGCUGCUGGCUCUCCAGGGACAGCAGGGUCGACUCGAGGAGCACCUGGAACAAGUGGACCAUCGCCUGGAGGAUCAGGGACCACGGGACCAUCUAGUGGAGAAUCGGGCACAACAGGAACAUCUUCGGCAGGUUCACAACCCACUGCAUCAGCAUCCGGGGAAUCAGGGACAACCUCAGCCUCAGGGCCAGCUGCAGGAACAAGUGCUGCAGGAGCUGAAGUGACAGGAACUAGUGGAGGAGCACCAGGAGGAUCAGGGACAACUGGUUCAGCUGCUGGCUCUCCAGGGACAGCAGGGUCGACUCGAGGAGCACCUGCAACAAGUGGACCAUCGCCUGGAGGAUCAGGGACCACAGGACCAUCUAGUGGAGAAUCGGGCACAACAGGAACGUCUUCGGCAGGUUCACAACCCACUGCAUCAGCAUCCGGGGAAUCAGGGACAACCUCAGCCUCAGGGCCAGCUGCAGGAACAAGUGCUGCAGGAGCUGAAGUGACAGGAACUACUGGAGGAGCACCAGGAGGAUCAGGGACAACUGGUUCAGCUGCUGGCUCUCCAGGGACAGCUGGGUCGACUCGAGGAGCACCUGGAACAAGUGGACCAUCGCCUGGAGGAUCAGGGACCACGGGACCAUCUAGUGGAGAAUCGGGCACAACAGGAACGUCUUCGGCAGGUUCACAACCCACUGCAUCAGCAUCCGGGAAAUCAGGGACAACCUCAGCCUCAGGGCCAGCUGCAGGAACAAGUGCUGCAGGAGCGGAAGUGACAGGAACCACUGGACGAGCACCUGGAGGACCAAGGACAACUGGUUCAGCUGCUGGCUCUCCAGGGACAGCUGGGUCUACUCAAACAGCACCUGGAACACGUGGGUACACCUCAAGUGUAGUCUUGGGCAUAACUAGUGUCCCAGGAAGUUCCCAGACAGAUACCACAGCUAUCCUGGAAGAAAGCAAAACAAACAGAGUUGGAAUAGUCACAGGCACUACUGGCAUAAUCCCUGAAAAAACUCUGGAACCUGGAACUUACAACACAGGAACCACUGGAGCAUCAGCAGGUACAACCUCAGGAGCCAAAACCAAAACUACAGGUGACACGAUCUUCAGAGAUGGCACCUCUGCUGCCCCAGGGAGUCCAGGGACAGGAAGUGAAACAGGCACUUCCAUCACUGCAGGGAGUCCAGGGUCAGGUAGCAAAACAGGCACCACGGGGCUGGCCCUCGGCACAACUGUUGCCCCUGGCAGUUCCAACACAGGGGCCACGACUUCUGUAGAACAUGACAGAAUAACAAGUGUCGGAAUAAUUACAGGUACAACGGAGGACAUCUCUGGCAAAACACCCAAUCCUGGAAGUUCCAACACAGAAGCCACGACUCACACAGAAGGCAGUGGGACAACCCAAGGAACAGUGCCAGGAGGUACCACUGAAGAGUUUUCUGGGACAACAAUUACGUCCGGAGGUUUUAACACAGGCACCACUACAGUAGCUUCUCGCACUGCACUUGAACCCGGGAGUUCAAACACAGAAGCAACAUCGCCCUCUAGAGGCAGUGGAACCACAGGAAUCAGUACUAGCUCUACUGGAGCGGCCCCUGGCGGGACCACCUCACCGGGAAGUUCCAACACAGGAUGUCCAGCACCACUUCCACCGCCUCCAGUUUGCCAUGGCCCACUGGGAGAAGAGAAAUCUCCUGGAGACAUCUGGACUGCUAAUUGCCACAAAUGCACCUGUACUAAUGCAAAUGCUGUAGAGUGUAAGCCUAAGGAGUGCCCUUCUCCACCGACAUGCAAGACUGCAGAGAGGCUGGUAAAGUUCCAAGAUAAUGACACCUGCUGUGAAAUCGGAUACUGCGAACCAAGAACAUGUUUAUUUAACAAUACCAACUAUGAGAUUGGCGCUUCAUUUGAGGACCCUAAGAACCCCUGUGUCUCCUACUCCUGCAAUGAGACUGGUUUGGUCAUAGCGGUUCAAGACUGUCCAAAGCAGACCUGGUGUGCAAAGGUAGACCGAGUCUAUGAUUCAAAAAAAUGUUGCUAUACAUGUAAUACUAACUGCAGGACUUCACUCGUGAAUGUCACUGUCACGUACAACAGGUGCACGAAAAGACUUGAGAUGGCGAGAUGUGUAGGGGAAUGCAAAAGGACCACCAGGUACGAUUAUGAUAUCUUCCAGUUGAAAAAUUCCUGCCUUUGCUGCCAAGAUGAAGCAUAUGAGUUGAGAGAAAUUGUUCUUGACUGCCUGGAUGGCAGUACGUUACCUUACAUAUACAGGCACAUCACGAAGUGUUCUUGCUUAGACAAGUGCUAUACCUCAACGUCUUCAUCUAUGUCCUGAGAGCCCACUUACUGUUAACAUUGCCUUUCUGGUUGUAACUUGCAGGCAUUUACUUUAUAAGUGAACAAAACUAAUCACCCACU